AUGGAACAGCAAACUGCUGCGGAAGAGCGUGUAGAGCGCAGCGGCAAAGGCAUCAAAGCGCCGAGCCGAGGUUUGGCGGUACGGAAAAAGAAUUUUACAACAAAACUCCCUCGCACAACACUGGGCACAGGACUGGGCACGGGACUGGCUCGCACUGGCACUAACACAGCGCAGCUGUGCGCCAUCAUCGAGGCGCAGGCGGGCGCGAGCGACGCCGCGCUGCGCGUGGCGGAGGAGCACGCCGCACGGCUCGUGGAGCAGCCCGAGUCGGUCCUCUCCGUCCUCCUCUCGCCGGACCUCGUGCCGCACAUCCUCGCCCAGCUGCCGACCACGGAGCACGCCGCCAAGGGGACGUGCCGCGCGUGGCGCAGCGGCUGGAAGGAGACGCUGAAGAAGCGCGAGAGGCCGCGCCUGAAAAAGAAAAUGCGAACGGCCAAAUACGGCGGGCACUUGAGCAAGCUCGGUGUGAUGAGCGGCUUCCUCGACGGCACGGCCGCCUAUGUCCUCUCCUUCACGUGA